GAGUGCGUAGGGGGCUGAAGCCUGAAGGCCGCCGCCAGCCCUUGGCUCUUCCUCUUCGCUGAUCCUGGUCUGCAGAACAGAAGGCUGAAGCCUGAAGUGACAUUGACACUUCAAAACUGUUCCUUGGAGAUCAUAACAGUGGUUAUAUAGAAAAUGAUUGAUGAUGAGACUGACUUUGGCAACAUCAUUGAUGCCCCAGCAGAAGGGCAGACAGCUGCAAAAUUCCGCCCGAAGGCACGGGCCAAGCCCCGUAAAGCAUCUGUGCCAUCCAAAUCCCUGACUCAUCCUAUUGUGGAAUCAACAUAUGAAAAGGUGGAAACCAUAAAUAAAUAUAACACGUCACAAGAACAGUCUGUCGAUAAAAAAACGGUGUCAUUGGGGUGCCAUGGUAGUGAGACAGUUGGUGAUGCGUGUGCUUCCGAGGGUAUGCUUGACACUCCUAUAGAUGUGCCAACAGUAUCUGUGGGGCUUGUGAGUAAUCUUGAUGUGACAUUGGAUUCUUCAACACUUUGCACUUCUGCUGUACAUAAGUUUUCCCAAAAUGAAGAGCAUAAUGAUGAUUUAUCUCAUGUGGCUACACCCAAAGAAAGCAUGGUGGUUUCGGAUACCCAAGCACCACUGACCUGUUCAAAUGGCAAGACGAUUGAUGAAUUAACUGACUUUGAAGGGUUGUGUGAUGAUGCAGAGGUUGAGGAAGAAAGAAUUCCGAAAUUUCAACCAAAGAUUCGGGCAAAAAUCAACAAGGCAACAUUGAAAUCACAGAGGGCUAAACAAAAUGUAGGUGCUUCCACUGUAGAUGCACCAUCACGAAACGAAGAUGAUAAAAAUCAGGCAGGGUGCAAUGACAAGCAGCUAGACACUCUUAGACACCAGGGAAGUGUAGAGAUAUCAUAUCCUCAAGCACAUUUGGGAGCUCAUAAUAGAGCAGUCAAUGAUUUUGCUAACUCUGAUGGUAUUGAAGAACCAGCUCAAGAGGAAAGGGCUGCAAAAUCCCAGCCUAAAUUGCAACCAAAGCUUGAAAGGACUUUACCUGAUGUUACUGAAACUAGUCCUGCUGCUUCUGUAGCUACUCCAGAGGUUAGGGGUUUUGAUGCAGAUUUGGCUUCUCAAGAUACAGAAGAUACCCAUAGAGAAGGCCUCAAUGAUGGUUUGUGCCAAAAAUAUAUGGAUGAAGAGGCUAAUACAGUUUCUGGCACUGGGCCACCACAGGACAUGGAUGCUACUGUUGAUUUAGAUUAUCACACUGAAAUGGUAAAUCCUCAUCCUGAUGGUAUUCGGCCGAUUAUUGGAGAGCCCUCAGGUGAAGCAACAGUUAAAUUUCAACCUUAUGUUAGAAGGAAAAAAGGCGGCAAAUCAGUAUCUUUUUCCCUACCAAAUGUUUCUGAUCCAGUUGUAACUACAGAGAUGCCAUCUGAUCAUAUUAUUGAACAAGAGCCAAAAGGGGAUGCCAGAGAAACAGGGACAUCUAUGAAAUUACGAAGCAGGAAAAAAAUACAGAAAGAUGUGAUAACCAAGCAUACCGCUGAUGAUAACAUGGAUGAAUUGGUUGAACCUCCGUCGGAUGAAAAUGAUAAUGAUAGUGGUGAUGAGUACACGGCUAGAGGCAAGCAGAAGGGCAGGAGAAAGUCAAUGGAGAAAAUUAUUAACAAAGAACCUCUGAGAGGUACCAAGCGUGCCUCUGGUGAUUCCGCUAUGGAGGAAUCACAGAAGCAGAAGGUUCGAAAAAAUAAAAGUAAAGCAUCUUCAAGGGAUCAGAACAAAACUCCAAAAGAUUUAUCGGUGGAACAAACUGAGAAGAAGCUUACACACCGAAUUCGUCAGAAAAGAAUGAAAGAAGUUAAGACUUUACUGGAAACUCCUGACCAUGAGAUUGAUCGCAUGAAGCUAAGUGUGACACAUCUUAGAUUGUUACAGGAGGCCAGAGAACGUAGUAAGGGCAAAGACCCAUCAGGACCAUCCUCUAAUAAUAGCUUCCAAUUUGAAGAUAUGGAUGAUGGGUAUAACCAACAAGAUAACUGGGACAAUGACAGGACUGAAAAUCAUGUGGUUGGAAAUGCAACCAAAUUGAAUUACCAUUCAUACAUGAACAGACAAACACGGGCCAAAUGGUCCAAAUCUGACACAGACUUGUUUUACCAGGGUCUUCGACAAUUUGGUAGCGAUUUUGCAAUGAUACAGCAUCUAUUCCCUGAUAAGAGCCGCAAUCAGGUGCGACAAAAAUUUAAAGCCGAAGAGAAAAGACAUCCAAUGCAAGUUCAUGAUGCCAUAAUGCAUCGUUCGAGAGAUAAUUUGUAUUUUAAAAAAGUAAUGAAACAACUCAACAUCGAAGAUGCCCAACCAGAUAUCAACAAAACACAUGGACAAGAGGGUGCAUCAAAUCAAGAGGACCCUGAAAUUAAGAAAUUGUCUGAUGAAUUCAUUAAUGAGGAGGAAGAAAAUGGUGAAAAUUGGUCAGACAAAGAGAGAGACACACAAAGAUCUGAGGUCGAAGAAAAGGAGCAUAUUUCUACAAAUGAUGAUGAUGAUGAUGAUCUUGGCGAUGUUUUUGAUUGGUGCUAACAUGAUUAUCAUGACGAAACCCAUGCAAAUAUUUGCAAAUAUUACCGAGGAUCUCAUGAUUCUAUAUUAUGGGCUAACGUUCCCUUGAAAAUUUAUGUUCUGGUGCUCUUACCUCUGGGGCAAGGCCAUGUUCUGCGUCAAAAAUAAUUUUGCUGGCAGGAUUCUCGAGAUGAUAAUGAAAGUAGUAUUGUUCCUAGGCUGAAGAACUAUAGUUUUGUUUUACUUAUUUCUGGUUUGGUUGAAACUUAGAACCAGAAUAUUCAUGCUUAGCAACAAGUGGAUCUCAAUAUCUGCUGUUUCAAUCGUGGUACCAUAGCUGGUACAUAGAUUACUAGCACAGUAGUAAUGUAUAUAUUGCUCCCUCAUCGUUUGAUCAAAGUAACAGGUCGUCUUUUCUUUGUGUGUCUGCCCUUUCAAUAUUUUACUCUACCAAAUAUCAUCCGUUCCAAUGCUUCUAUUCAAUAGCCAUUGGAACCAACUGGUCUUAUGGAAUUGAAACCAAUGUGUUGUCCGUUGGAACUUGAGGGACGCUUUGAUUUGAUAGGAAGAAAUGAUCCAAGUCCUUGCAUAUGUUUAUAUGUACUUGAGUCACCCUGAUGUAAAGCUGUGAUUUGUAAACUGAUUUAUGUGACACUGGGUCUGGCAGGGUUGUUUCCGAGAAUGACAU